AAAAAAGUGAUAUUUAUGGAUUCGGAAUUAUUGCAUAUGAAAUUUGUACAGGUUUCCCUCCUUAUUAUGAUAUAGCUCAUGAUGAUUUAUUAGCAAUGAAAAUUUGUAAUGGGUUGAGACCGAAAUCUAAUUAUAAAAUUCCACAAUUUAUUUUUGACAUUAUUAAUCAAUGUUGGGAUGCAGACCCUUUAAAACGACCUAAUGCAGAAGAAUUACAAGAGUUAAUAGAGGAAUCAUAUAAUAAUCGUAAUAAUACUGUGUUUUAUAAGCAAAUUGAAGAUGCAGAUGAAAUUAAUAAAAAGCCAUCUUCAACAGCUCAAUCACCAUUAUCUUCUACAAGUACACUCUCAUAUAUUUCACAUCCUGAAGCAGUUUAUACAAGUAGAAUUUUAGAUUUUAAAAAUCUUCCAGAACCAAAAAAUGCCGAUAGUAAUGUUUGAUUUACUUGGAAUAGAACAUUCAG